GACAGACUGUCUUUCGUUUGCAAGGCCAAUCCUCGUGUUGUCAGUGGAGAGAAGCUGUCGUGUAAACUUUAACUGCGUAUUCUUUAAAAGCAGUGAUGUCGUACACGUGCAUCAGUUGCCGUGUGCAGUUUUGUGAUGGCGAGGUCCAGCGGGCGCAUUAUAAAACAGACUGGCACCGCUACAACCUGAAGAGAAAGGUUGCAGAGAUGCCUCCAGUCACAGCCGAAAACUUCCAGGAACGAGUGCUGGCCCAACGGGCCGCACUGGAGCAACAAAGUCAGGCCAGCGGGCACAGCUCUACCUACUGUGCCACCUGCAACAAAAAGUUCUCCAGUGACAACGCCUACUCCAAUCACAUCCAGUCCAACAAACACCAGCAGGCAGAGAAAAAAGCACUGGCUGCUGCCCAGGAGGCCGUCCAGAGAAUGAAUGAGAAGAAUCUGGAGAAAGGUGCGGGGCUGGAAAAAGAUGUACAAAAUGAAGCUCUUCAGAAAGCACUCAAAGAACAACAGAGACCCGCCCCUUUUAAAGCCACGCCCACAGAGAAACAGUUUAGACAGAGGCCCGAAAAAUCACCUCGGUUGGAGUGGUUCGUGCUGCAGGCCAAGAAGAUUGCAGCGGAGGAGGGCGAGAUAGAAGAAGCGGAGGAGGAAUGGGAGGAUGUUGAUGAUAUGGAUGAUGAUGAUGAUGAAGAAGAAGAAGAAGAAGAGGAGGAGGAGGAGGAGGAGGAGAUGGAAGAGGACUCUGCAUCCGGGCCAGCAUUGAGCUCUGAUACGAUCCCAAUGACAGAUUGUCUGUUCUGUGGACACCACUCACGCUCACUGUCCCGAAACGUAGCACACAUGACUAAAACCCACAGCUUCUUCCUCCCAGAUAUUGAGUAUCUGGUGGACCUGAGAGGACUUCUUUCAUACCUGGGGGAGAAAGUUGGCGUUGGUAAGGUGUGUUUAUGGUGUAAUGAGAAAGGGAAGUCGUUCUACUCUACAGAAGCGGUGCAGGCACACAUGACCGAUAAGAGUCAUUGUAAACUCUUCACAGACGGUGAUGCUGCACUUGAGUUCGCAGACUUCUACGACUUCAGGAGUAGUUAUCCUGAUGCUAAGGAUGGAGAUGAUGUGGAGAUGAAGGAUGGAGACCUGCCUGAUGAAAAGACUUUUGAGUUUGAUGAUGAGACUUUGGAGUUAACAUUGCCCUCAGGUGCUAAGAUCGGCCAUCGCUCUCUGAUGAGGUACUAUAAACAGAGGUUUGGCGUUCAGAGAGCACUGGUUCCAGCUCAUAACCAGAAGGCUGUGGGUCGGGUUCUUAAACAAUACAGAGCGCUUGGCUGGGGAGGAGACUUUGGUAAGGGCUUCGUGAGCCAUCAGCAGAAGGACAUGCAGUAUGUGCGGAGAAUGAAGUCCAAGUGGAUGCUGAAGAUGAGCAUGAACAAUAACUCCAUCAAGCAGACACAUUUCAGAUCUCAAGUCAUGUUCUAAAUGAAUAUCUCUCCACCAAGAUCAGACGUAACCACCUUAAGAAAGAGACAUGAUGUCUCAGAUAUGUGUUGAGACUAAAUCAGGUGCUGCUAAUGUUGAAAUUAAAGAAUGUAAUGUGUGUAAUGGAGUUUAUCAUGAAAUACUUGGCUCCAAAUGUCAAGAAAUAAUAAUGAUGUGCUAGUCCAGCAUGAACACCUGACAGAUAAAGCGUUUGGGAAACAAUCUGUAAAGACACAUGCUACCAUUUGUAAUUAAUAAUUUAGAGAUUCAAUAUUUGUGAAUUGUCAAUAAGAAAUAAAAAUUAACAAAACA